CCUUUUCCUAGGAAAGAAGAACAACCUUCACCCUGAGAUUAUAGGCUUCCCUUAGUUUACGAAGCGAGAGCAGAAGGUCUUCGAGAUCACUCCCACACACUGGGCAAAAGGGAAAGGACACAGAGCUCUGCCACAGUCUGCACGUGACUCGUUCUUUUUUGAUCUGAGAAAUCAGAAACCCCGGACACCAGUCGAGCACCUGUUCUAGAUUCCACACCACCCUUCCCCAAGGCAGCCUCCACCUCCCACCAGCCAGGCGCAGGCGAGGCCAGGACUCAGCGGGAAGGCCGGCAGGCGGCAGAGCCGGUGUGGGCACCGUGGGGCCAUGGAACCGGAGGCGAGGCCCGUGCACUACCGACAGCUGCUGCUCUGGGACCCCAGCUUGGGGUCUGAGGACGACGAGGACAAUGAGGAGGAGACCUCUGAGCUGGUCGUUUCGAAUUCCUGGAGGCCCCACAACUCCUUGGGCAGGAAUGAGGUUGGCGGGCUGCCCGGGGCCUGGGCUCGCCUUGGCGCCGCCCUGCUGCUGCUGGUCACUGGCUUCUCCCUGGCCGCGAGGCAACUCUACAUCAAGAGUGACCCUACAGGAAGCCAGGCCUCGGCAGCCCCCCGGCCCAGCGGGCACUCCCACCCCCCUGGUGUGUACCACCACGGUGCCAUCAUCAGCCCGGCAGCCACGUGCUCCCACCUGGGCCGAGAGCUGCUCAUCGCCGGGGGCAACGUCGUGGACGCGGGAGUGGGAGCAGCUUUGUGUCUGGCGGUGGUGCACCCUCACACUACGGGGCUAGGUGCCACAUUCUGGGCCCUCUUCCACAACAGCUCCUCAGGCAGCCCAACUGCCCUGAUGCCGGGCCCCGCACAGCCCCUGGCCCCCGGCCUGCGGCUGCCGUCCGCCCUGCCCAGCCUGCGCCUGCUGCACGCACGCUUCGGCCGCCUGCCGUGGUCACAGCUGCUAGGGGGCCCUGCCUCGCUGGCUCAAGACGGCUUCCUGGUGGACACAGCCCUUGCCACAGCUCUGGCAGCCCGGGGCACAAAGGGCCUCUGUCCACUACUGUGCCAUGCUGAUGGGACCCCCCUGGGCGCCGGGGCCCGAGCCACCAACCCCAAACUUGCAGCCGUGCUGCGCCUAGCGGCCCAAGCCCCAGCCCCGGACCUGGCCGGGGAUGACCUACUGAGCCUGCUGGUCAGAGACCUGGGGCUGCGUAGGCCCCAAUCCAGGCCCACACCUGCCCUGGAGCCCGCAGUGCAGCGAGCCAUACCCCAAGGCGUCCUGUCCACCACCCCCGGCCCCUCAACCUGCCCGGAGCUGCUGGCGAUGGUAGGGGCAGCCCUGCGCUCAGGAGAGCCCGGCCCCGACCCCUGCCCGGCGCUCUCAGCAGCUCCCGUGAGCCCUGUGGGCACUGUCCUGGCCACUGUAGACAGCAGUGGCUCAGUGCUGCUCCUUACCUCCUCACUAAGCAGCCCCUUUGGCUCUGGACGCCUGUCCCCAAGCACUGGGGUUCUCCUUAGUGACCUGGUGGCCAAGCCUACAGCCAGUGCCUGGGCCUGCCCCCUCCUCCUCCAGGGAAGCUCAGAUGACACAGAGGCUGACAUGUUAGGGCUGGUGGCUUCGGGAACUCCUGCGGUGGCCAGAGUUGUGACUCGUGCCCUGCUCAGUCACCUGACUGGGCCCCAGACCCAGGCCCAACAUGAGCGACGGCAGGGACCGACACUGAGCACUAGUGUUUGUGGCCAAGGGACCCUGCUCCAGGUGGCUGUCCAGGCAGAGCAUGCCCAUGUCUCCAGUGUCCCCAGCAGCUGCUGCACUGUCCAGGGGUUCUAAGUGGGGGAUGUGUCUAGCCAGGGGUGGGAGGGUGGGGGUGUCCCACCUGACGGCAGGAGCGGAACAGACCCAGCAACGAGGACGUGCAUAGCAAGCAUGCCUAAUUACCGGCUCGCUGCUAGCUCAGGCCCACAACGUCUGGCCUAGUCAGUACCCUGGACUCCAGAUCGGGUUCUUUUUCAGCUAAGGAGACUGAGAGUACUGGGGAAAGAGCCCCAGACUCCAGUUCAGAUCCGGUUCUGAGAAGGACAGGUAGUAGGGUGCCAAGCCCCUGUCUUGCCUCCAGACCCCCUGGGCAGGGCAGGGCAGGCAGAGCCUGGGGUCCCGCUGGCCUCUCUGUCUCCCCCUUCAGGCCACCCUCUGCGGAUGUCUCUCAACUGAGCUAGAAACAAAAUAAAGAUAAAAUCUCUGCCAA